UUUGACAGAGGGAUUGCGGCCCACAUAAGCCAGAACCGACUCAAGGCCAAGGGCGUGGGCCAGCACCACAACGCCCAGAACUACAACAACCAGAGCUUUGAGGAACUGCGAGCACUCUGCCUACGGAGGGGAGAGCUGUUCGAGGACCCCUUUUUCCCUGCAGAACCCACUUCACUAGGCUUCAAGGAACUGGCACCCAACUCCAAGCACGUGCAGAACAUCAGCUGGCAACGGCCCAGUCAAAUCACAAGCAAUCCUCAGUUCAUCGUGAAUGGGGUCAGCCCAACUGACAUCUGCCAGGGGGUGCUUGGAGAUUGCUGGCUGCUGGCCGCCAUUGGCUCCCUCACCGCAUACCCCAAACUGCUGUUCCGCGUGGUGCCCAAGGGGCAGAGCUUCAAGAAGAACUACGCUGGCAUCUUCCAUUUUCAGAUCUGGCAGUUUGGGGAGUGGAUGGACGUAGUGGUGGAUGACCGGCUGCCCACAAAGAAUGGCAAGCUGGUAUUUGUGCACUCAGCGGAGCGCACUGAGUUCUGGAGUGCCCUACUGGAGAAGGCAUACGCCAAGCUGAAUGGAUCGUAUGAAGCUCUGUCGGGGGGCAACACGGUGGAGGGCUUUGAGGACUUCACUGGGGGCAUGACACAGAGCUUCCAACUCCAGAAUCCCCCUAGGAACCUGCAGAGGAUGCUUAGGAAGGCCGUAGAGCGAUCUUCCCUCAUGGGCUGCUCCAUCGAGGUCACCAAUGAACAUGAACUGGAGUCCUUGACCCAGGGUAUGCUGGUGAGAGGACAUGCUUACUCAGUGACCGGCCUCCAGGAUGUCUCCUACCAAGGCAGGACAGAAACGCUGAUCCGAGUCCGGAAUCCCUGGGGCCGGAUUGAGUGGAAUGGAGCCUGGAGUGACAACGCCAAGGAGUGGGAGGAGGUGGCCCCAGACGUCCAGAGGCAGCUGCUGCACAGGAAGGAGGACGGGGAGUUCUGGAUGUCCUACCAAGAUUUCCUUGGCAACUUCACCCUCCUGGAAAUCUGCAACGUGAUACCCGACACGGUCUCUGGGGACUCCAAGAGCUGUUGGCACACCACCUUCUACGAGGGCAGCUGGCGGAGGGGCAGCACUGCAGGGGGCUGCCGGAGCUACCUGGACACAUUCUGGACCAACCCCCAGUUUAAGAUCUGUCUCCCCGAGGAGGAUGAUGACAUAGAGGACGAUGAAGCCGUCUGCACCUGCCUGGUGGCCCUGAUGCAGAAGAACUGGAGGCGGACAAGGCCCCACGGAGCCCAGCUAGAGACCAUCGGCUUUGUCAUCUACUCGAUCCCAAAGGAGUUUCAGAACCUCCAGGAUGUCCACUUGAAAAAGGACUUCUUCGUCAAGUACCAGGACCUGGGUUUCUCAGAGAUCUUCACCAAUUCACGGGAGGUGAGCAGCCAGUUCCAGCUGCCCCCGGGGGAAUACAUCAUCAUCCCCUCCACCUUCGAGCCGCACAAGGACGCUGACUUCCUGCUGCGGGUCUUCACCGAGAAGCACAGCGAGUCCUGGGAACUGGAUGAAGCCAACUACGCUGAGCUUCUCCAAGAGGAGAGCAUCUCUGAGAGUGACAUAGACCAGGACUUCGUACGCUUGUUUCACAUAGUGGCAGGUGGAGAGGGCAAGGAGAUAGGCAUGUAUGAGCUACAGAAGCUGCUCAACAAGGUGGUCUCCAGAUUCAAAACCUUCAAAACUGAGGGCUUCAGCCUGGACGUCUGCCGCCGCAUGAUCAACCUCUUGGACAAAGAUGGCUCUGGCAAACUGGGGCUUCGGGAGUUUCAGGUCCUGUGGAGAAAAAUCAAGAAAUGGACGGACAUCUUCCGAGAGUGUGACCAGGACCAGUCAGGCACCUUGAACUCUUAUGAGAUGCGCUUGGCAAUUGAGAAAGCAGGCAUCAGACUGAACAACAAGGUGACGCAGGUGCUGGUGGCCAGGUACGCGAAUGACAGCUUGAUCAUGGAGUUUGACAGCUUCAUCAGCUGUUUCCUGAGGCUGAAGGCCAUGUUCACGUACUUUCUAACUAUGGACCCUAAGAACACUGGCCAGAUUUCCCUGGACCUGAACCAGUGGCUGCAGAUAACUAUGUGGGGUUAGAGUCACUGCAGGAACCCGACUUCCUUCCACCACCAGCCCCCCAGGGCUUCUGGCCUGGGGUCGGUGUACUCCCCGUUGCACUCAGCUCUGCGGCCUCUGCUGAUGGAAUGGACCCUGGAUGCCAGGCUCACUCCAUCAGCAGGCCUCCGGGCCCACCCUCCCGGGCCCACCCUCCCCACGCAAAGUGUUUUUCUUUUACCCCAACCAGACUUCGGUGGCUGGAUUUACUCCAGUUUCCUCCCUCUCCAAGUAUAUUUCACUACAGGUUAAGUGACACUUUCCCCAGGGUCCCCAGCUGGGGAGGUGGUCCACGCUUUCCACCCUGCUCAGGCUCCCCUGUUUCACCGCCCCUCCCUCCUCCCCCUCACUGGGCGUGGGGGGCAUUAAUACAAUGAACAACACGUGC